UUCUCCCCGGCUCUCCCCUGCCCGGCGCGGGGGGACCACCGAGUCGGGCGGCUAGAGCGUCCCCCCCCAACAUGGCGGCGCCCAGUGAGGGCGAGGGGGAAGCGGGGGAAGCGGCGGAGGCGGCGGGGGGGGGCCCGGGGCUGCUUCCCCGCGGCCGGCUCGGCCGCCCCCCCGGUGCCGCGAUGCUGGCCGUGCCCCUGCGGCCUUUCUGCGCCUUCCUGGCCGGCCUGGGCCUCCUCUGCCUGGCCUUCGUGGCCGCCUGGUGCCAGCGCUGGCGCGGGGGCUUCGCCUGGGACGGCAGCGCCCGAAUGUUCAACUGGCACCCGGUGCUGAUGGUGGCGGGCAUGGUGGUGCUCUACGGAGCAGCGGCCCUGGUGUACCGCCUGCCCCCCGCCUGGCACGGCCCCAAGCUCCCCUGGAAGCUCCUGCACGGCGCCCUGGCCCUGACAGCCUUCGGCCUCACGGUGGUGGGGCUGGUGGCCGUCUUCGGCUUCCACAACGCCUCCAAGACGCCCAACAUGUACUCGCUGCACAGCUGGCUGGGGCUGGCCACCGUGCUGCUCUUUUCCUGCCAGUGGCUGGCUGGCUUCAGCGCCUUCCUGCUGCCCUACGCGCCCCCCUGGCUCCGUGCCCUCUACAAGCCCGUCCACGUCUUCUUCGGCUCCACCAUCCUCAUGCUCUCCGUGGCAUCCUGCGUGUCGGGAAUCAACGAGAAGCUCUUCUUCAGCCUGAAGAAUGGGACAGCGCCGGUGCCCUACAACCGCCUGCCCCCCGAGGCUGUCUUCGCCAACACUCUGGGGCUCCUCAUUGUCCUUUUUGGGGUCCUGGUGCUGUGCGCCCUGGCCAAGCCCGACUGGAAGCGCCCCGAGGACGGCUCCACGGACACGCGCCAGCCCCUGCUCGGCACUGAGCGCUGACGCCUCCGAGAUCUCCCCCUGCCGUGCCGGGGCUGCCAGCCUGGAGCUCUCCGACCCCGUUGCUCUCCCGCCUGCCCCGACGCCUCGCCUUCUCCGGGCUGCCUGUGCCCAACGCUCUUCUGUCGGUGGGAAGAACCGGGGUCAGCUGCCUCACAGCAGAGACACCGCUGCAGUGGGGACACCUUUUUGCCUGCGUCCUCGUGCCUCUGCCUGCCAGCUCUUGCGGGGUCCAGCUGUCCCCUCACGCCCGGACCGGGAUCUGUGCCAAAUCGGCUGCCCCUGAGCCCUGCGGUGCCAUCUUGAGCACCUCGUCAGGUCGGAAGCUGCCAGAGGAGCGCCCCGUGACUGGUGGUGCUGGGAGCCAGCACAGCACGAGCUGCCCCAGCCCUGCCUCCUCUGCGGGGUCGGCCGGAGGCCUUGCAGCGUGCCUUACCCCUCGGGGGGAUGUGUGUGUGGUGGUGGGACCAGCUCAGCAGCCCUCAGGGACGCUUAAUAAAGCGCUGGCUUCCGCAGCA